AUGCAUAUAUGUAUACUUGCUCGAUCUUCUACGGAAGGUUUACAUGGUCUAUUGUUAAUUAUUGAAUCUGCAUUGAAUUCAUCAUCUCCAACUGCUGCUAAUAAUACCAAUCACACACAACCUUCAUCGACUACAUGUCAAUGUCUGGCAACUUUAUUAGAUAGUCUAAGCAAUGCUUGUCAAGAUCGUACUUUUCAAAAAACUGUUCUACAAAGUCGUAAAGCUUUAUUAUUUGGAUUAUCUAAUUGUCUUUCUUAUCAUGUUCCACUAUUGAGUGAUGUUAGUCAUGCUUAUCUAGUCGCAUCAAUUUGUCGACUAUUACAUAAUAUUUAUGUCGGGGGACAAUUGGAUCAAUCCACGAUGAAUCAUAACAAUAAUAACUUCAACUUUAUGAAUCAUUCUCUCAAUAAUGACAAUUGUACAAUAUUUUGUUGUUUAACAUCGAGUAAAUUAAUUAAUUCUCUGCUGAAUGGAAUCGGUGCUAUUUUAGAUCAAAUUGGUCAUGGACCAGAAUUAAGAGCUGUUGUGAUUGCUUUAGCUGGACGAUUAUUACCAUUAUGUCAUGAUACGAAUCAACUUUCAUCUUGGUUUGGAGAGCAUACAGCUGGAUCGGUUAUCCCAAAGUCAAUCAAUGAUUUAACAUCACGAACACGUCUGUUACUUGCAAUUUUAGAUAGUUGCUCAUUAGAUUCAUGUUCUAAACGUGUACCACCUGUCAAUACAACUGUUAUAAAAAAUGGCCAACAACAACAACAAUCCGAUGAAAAUAUUAUGUCACAGUUAAAAAAUGAAGCCAAUAAUACCAAUAACAAUAAUAUUGCAUCUCAUUUAAUUACUGGAUGUAUUCGUUGUUUAGUUACUGGUACUAAUCAUUCAAUUAAUUUACGUUAUGCUAUUGGUGAUGAUAAACGACGUGUUCGUCGUUUAGCACGUCUUAUACGUGUACGACUAGUGGAGCAUAAUAAUCAUAAGUCUCAACCAACAUCAUCAUCAUCAGUUAUGUUAAAUAAAUCACGUCAACAAUUACCGCCUAGAGAUGAACCGUUGGCAGGAAAUGUUUGUUUAAUUUUACAAUAUUGUGUUUCUGAUACACCAUUAGCUGAACAUCUUCAAGGUACUACAGUAAUCUAUGAUCUAUUAACGUUGAUACAAGAAAGUCAACGUUUAGAUACUAAAAGAAAUGCAGCAAUUCUUAUUGGUAAAUUAGCUCAAUCAAGUCAAGUACAUCGAGAUGAACUAUCACGUUUAGAUGGUUAUAGUGUGUUAACACCAUUCAAUUCAUGGACUGCAGCAUUGGAACGCUGUUAAUUAAAUCUACACAUGCAUAUACAUAUAUAUAAUCUGUGUUUGUUUUAGGCGUCUUUCAUCACAAUUUUGAAAAUCAUUUCCAGUGACAUAUAUAUAUACAUUACACUUCUCCCGGUCAGCAGUAUCAAAUAACACAUACACACACCACAAGUAUUCAUUGAUUAUUCAUAAGGAAAUUUUCUAUGAAACUUAUACGCCCAACAUUGUAUUUAUUAUUAUUGUUAUUAUUAGUUUCAUUCGACUUGAAAAGAAAGGAAAGGAAACUAACUGUCUAAUCUAACUUCUAACUGUGUUGUAUAAGAAGCGUAUGCUUGUGUAUGAUGUGUGUGUUAACAAACAUUUAAUAAAAACGAUAGUUACAUAGUAAUUGUGUUUGUGUAUUUUGUAUGUAUGUAUGAACUAGUGAAAAUUAUGUUAUAAACAUUUAACAAACAAUUAAUUGUUCU